AUGAGGAGGCUCUUGUUGCUAUCUCUCGCGGUCCUGGCGAGAUGCCAAACACAAACUCGAUUUGACUGUUUCCCAGAGCCUCAUGGAGCUUCUCAGCAGGCCUGCGAGGCUCGUGGCUGCAUCUGGAACCAGCAAUCCCAGCCGGUACGGCUAAAUAUAUUCCAAAAAAACGUCUUUCUUCUUCAGCAAAGCGUCCCAUGGUGUUACAUGGCGCCUGGCGUCGGCUACAAACUCGGCUCGCAGUCGGGCGCAACGUACAGCUUGAAGAAGAACAGCGGACCCAAAAAUCCGUGGGGCCUCGAUUUUCCGGAUGUCCAGUUGACCACCAAGACCUAUGGAAGCAUUCUGAACGUUAAGAUUACGUCUGGUCAAAGGUGAUUUUUCGAGUUGUAUAUACCUUCUUUGAAGAAAGUAUGAGUUCCCAGGUAAAUUUCUAAAAAAGCAGGCAGUUAGAUUAUUUUCCAGGUUAGGUUGAUUUUUCAACUUGAGAAAAGUUGGUUAUUUUGAGUUUUUCUGUAAUAUUUCAUCUUUUUUCAUGUUAAGAUUAAUUUUUCUCAGAGUUUCUUUGACUUUUUCAAUAUUUUUGACCCGAAAUUUCUGAAUUCCACUCGAUAUUGAAACAAAAACACAUUAAAAAGUUUCUCGGACCUCGGAAACGCAAACCGGAGCUUUUCUAGUGAUCCCUUUAGCGGCGUCAGCACUCAAGUGAUCCCUAGAAUGGCUCAAAACGUCCGGUCUGCGUUACCGAGAUCAGAGAACAUUUUUUUCAGAUAUGAGCCGCCCGUCGACUUUCCCAAACAACCGGCGACGUCUUCUGAGCAACUCACUCUGUCCACCGACGCUUCUACCGACGUCUUCUCUUUCGCCGUCGUCCGUCAGAGCAAUAAUCGCAAGAUCUUCGACACCAGCAUCGGUUUUUCAAUUUAAAAUAGAUAAUUUUCAAAAAAAAUCUUCAUAGUCUGUUCAUAUUUUAAAUGUCAAGUCUGCUCACAAGCUCCGCCCCUAAUGGUGCGAUAAACCAAUCAGAGAGCGAGCAAUUUAUAGAUCGUUUUUGAAUGACGUCAUUGGACAUGACAUUCAAAAUCUGAACAGACUAUAGUCAAUUCAUGGCUAUCUAAGGGGCGUGUCUGCGCUCUCCACCAAUGAGACGCUCUUUUUUUGUAAAUCGUGUCAGAACCCUAUUCUCGAUGGCUCAAGCUAGCCGUUAAUCAGUAGGCAAAAAAGCUUCCUAGAAGGCGUUCAGUAACCCUGUUCUCUUUCCAUUUUUGCCUCCGUCUUUUUUGAGCUUUUCCUAGCCUUGUCUUUCAGGCGUCUAAAUAUCAAGCUUUUUCUGAAAUUGCAAAAAAUCUAGAAGCAAAAGCAAAAAAAAAUAAUAAAAAAAUAUCCUCUCCAUAACCCUUUGAAACAUUUCCUUUUGAAGAUUAUGGCUUUAGGAGGCCUGAUUUUCUCCGACCAAUUCAUCCAAAUUGCAACCUACCUUCCCAGUGAGAACAUGUACGGCUGGGGCGAGAAUACUCAUCAAAAUAUCAAGGUAUGAAGUUUACCGAAAAUUGAGAUAAAAUUUGGUCUCAGCACGACUUUUCGGGAUACCUCACCUGGGGAAUGUUUGCCAGGGAUCAGCCGCCGAAUUCUGGAUCUCUCGACACGAUGAAUCUUUAUGGUAAGAAGGGGUACUGUAGGGAUCUUUAUUUGGGGAAAUGCUUGUUGAAAUCUUGGUUUUGAGUGUUGUGCAUGAAAAGGGGCUGGCAGGUCAUAGUCGGCCUUUUUUUUGUCGGCGUUUUUUUUAAAGAAGCUCAAGAUUUUUUUUAAGGAAGUUUUAGAGCUUUCUUUGAGACUUGAGUGUUAAAAAAAAUAUGUUUCAUCCGGUUUUUACAUACUUACUUUGGAAUUUCAUGACUUUUUUCAGGAGUUCAUCCCUACUACAUGUUGGUGGAGCCGGACGGCAAAACUCACGGAGUUCUUAUUCUCAACUCUAACGCCCAGGUUAAUCAAUUAGCGUCAAAAAAAUUAGACCAAAAAGUUUUCAAAAUGAAAAAAAUUAUAUCACUUUCAUUUUUUUGUUAUUCUUGCAAUCACGUCCUGAAGCCCUUUAAAACAAAAAAAUUUUUUUAUUUUUUUGAACGUUUCUGAGCGAUAAAAGGUUCAUAAACAAUUCAUUCAACAUUAUAAAGACGGCUGUUUUGAGUCAUGGAAAAAGAGUCCUGACACGAUAAAAGACGAGGUAGUACCUGGUAAGGGGAGACGCAGACAGGCCACGCCUCUUUACGUCCCAAGCUAACCGUGAACCCAACAAAAUUUCAACUUUUUCAAUUUUUUUCGAGAUUCAAACACGAAAUCUUAAAGGAUCUGGUCUGAAUUAUUUAAUGUAUAGCUUAAAUUUUUAGGAAGUUACCACGGCCCCCGGCCCUUCCCUGAUCUACAAAACGAUCGGUGGAAACUUGGACAUUUACUUCUUCCCCGGCCCAACUCCCGAACAGGUUCAAAACCUUUUUUGAAGCUCUUUUAAUGAAAAAUCUUCAAUUUUCAGGUCACUCAGCAGUACCUUUCCUUCAUUGGAAGGCCAUUCCUACCUGCCUAUUGGUCACUUGGAUAUCAGGUAACUUGAUUUUUUUUUUUCGGAGUUUUUAUAUUCUUAGAAUUUGAGAUGAUCGAAGUACGAAAAGAGAUAGUGAUUUGUUAAAUGAGAGAAAUAAUGUGAAAAUAUAGGAGUUUAGUGCAGAAACCCGCACAAUUUUUCAAUAGCGGGAAUUUUUCUGGCGCGCCCGAUAGUGUUCUGAAAUUACUGAAACAUUGUCCGAAAGUUUGAGGUUUUACCUUUUUUAUCUUGAGGGAAUAUAGAGAUUUCUUCCUUUUUUUUCAAGGGAUUUCGUGAAAAAAAAUUUUUUGAAGCUUUUGCGAUCAUAAAAACACCGGAAUAUUGCGCACAAAGUUGAAUUUUUCUCGUGAAUUUGACCUUUUUGAGCUAGACAAGGAAGGUCAUUUUACUUUGCGGUUGGUAUUUUUCUGAAAAUUGGUCAGAACGCUCCUAGAUGUACCAGAAGAAGAUUCUCAAAGUCUCAACCUGCACAACUUUUUCGAUAAAAGACGCUGCGAAGUCAAAGAAAACCCUCAAAAUCCGUUAAAUUUGCAUAUUUUGAGGCUUCGAGCCUUCAUUUUUCAAAAUGUAAGAAGUUGGGCAGGUUAAGACUUUCAGAAUCUUCAUCUGGUACAACAAGGAGUGUUCUGGCCGAUUCUCAGGAAAUUCCUAACCGCAAUUUAAAAUGACCUCCUCUGUGAGGGAAUUCAAAGCUUUUCCCUUUUUUCUUUGCGAAAAAAUAGAAAAUUUAUAUUAAGCUUUCCCGAUACGGUUACAAGAACUUGGAUGAUGUAAAGGCGAGAAUCGGCGCGGUUAGAGACGCCGGAGUUCCGAUUGAUAUUGGUAAAAAGCCCAAGUUUCUUCUUUCGAGGGUAAAUUCUGGGUUCCAGGAGUGAUCGACAUUGACUACAUGGACCGUUACAAGGAUUUCACGACUGGAUCGGUGAGGAAAUCAAAAAAAAAAUUGAUUUUUUAAAUUUUUUUUGUAUCAGAUAUUUUUGUAGUAUUCAAAGUUCUUUUUGAAAUUUUUUUUUUCUCUCUGCGCUCUCCUCGUCUCUCGGCGACCCUCUCCUGUUGAGGUGCUGUUUUCUUGUUGUUCUGACCUCGCCGACGAGGGAACAGAGAGACGCAGACACGAGAAACCUUUCAAGUCGUAAUAAACGAACCGGGAAUUUGUGGAAGAAUUGAUUCACAAAAAAACUUGACUCAAAAAUCAAAUUCAGAACUUCAACGGAUUGAGCAGCUACGUGCAGCAAAUGCACGACUGGAGCAUGAAAUUGAUCCUAAUUUUUGAUCCGGCCAUCGAAGUCGAUUAUCCGAGCUUCCAGCGAGGCAUUUCCGCGGUGGGUUUGAUUUAAAGAAAGGUAAAAUUGAUCAAAUCCAGAACGCCAAGUUCAUCGAAUGGGAAAACGCCAACCAAGUGAUGCACAGCAUUCAAGACAUGGUAAGGUUUCGAAAAGUUCAGUUGUUGAAAUUAAUCAAGGGCGCUCCAUCGCUAAUUAACACUUAAGUGAUCCCUAGAUGUUCUCAGAAAGUCCAAGGCGCGUCCGAUUUGCAUUUGCGUUACUGAGGUCUGAGAAUUUGAAAGUUUAUCCGUGGAGCGAAACUGAAUGAUUUGUCGAGGCCGUUACUGACUUUUUCAAAAUUAUUAUUUUUCUCUUCAUAUCUAUUGAUUGAAAAAAAAUGUUAUUAAAAAGGUGAAAAUUCCAAAAAAUCUUCUUUCUGUCAAAAUUAAUUUUUUUCGCUCAAACUUCCUACAGUAACCCCGAAACCCUACAGUACCCCCUCGCCAAAGACACCAAGAUCAUGUUGGGCGUGGUUUGGCCAGAUAAUCACGUCGCCUUCCCCGACUUCUUCGAUCCGACGAGCAAUACCCAAAAUUGGUGGAUCAGCGAGUUCAAGAACUACAGGUCGCAGGUUUACUGUAGCUUUGGAAUGGCUUUCAAAGAGAAAUAGUUUUAAAGGUCGCCUUUGACGGCAUCUGGAUCGAUAUGAACGAACCGUCCAACUUCGGCACCAAUGAUCCUCAUCCGUGGUCGGUUUUUUAGGGGAUUUUGGGAGUUUCAGGAAGGAAUUUAUAAAGUUUUUAAUGCGUUUUGUUCAAAUUAUCAUUGGGUGAAGAAAGUUUCAAGUUCCAGGCACUUCUGAUAUAAUAUUAUUCGUAGUUCAAGGUUCGAAAUCUCGAAAAAUUCUUUAAAAAUCAAGGUUCUUCCCACUAAACUUGACUAAGAGCCCACCUCUUUACUCAUGAAAUAACGUGUUAAGGUACUUCGACAACCCAGACCAUCCGAAUGCGGCGCCGUUAUUCUGUCCGAUGAAUAACUCCUGGGACAUGCCGCCGUAUCUGACUCACUCUGUUUGGCGUUUCGGCGAUGCCAGCACGGUAAAUGAAACCUAUUUUUCAGACCACUAAGAAAAAAAAGCUUUCUUUUGUAUUUUAUUGAAAUAAGAGCUUUUUUAGGGAGCGAUAUAGCGCAAGAAGUUUGCUUAGAGGGGCGUGAAAUUCCAUGAAGAUCCUAAAAAUACUUAAAAUUUUGCUGUUACUAUUCUCAAAAAUGAAACAGAAAUAUGGAGCUUCAACUUGAGCUUUCGGUAUUUUGCUUUCGGCACAGCUUACUUCCGCUGCGACAUAGGGAAUUAUCCACAAAAAAACCUUCUUCUCACACCAAUAAAUAUAUUUCAGGGAGCCUACCUCGCCACAAACACUUUGUGUUUGUUGGCCGUUCAAGCCAACAAUCAGCAGCGAUUCUACAACACCAAGAACCUUUAUGGUACAGAAAAUUGAAGAAAAUAUUAAAUCUAUAAGAGUACAGGAUUGAGUGAAGCAAUCAGCACUCAACAGGCCUUGUUCCAAAGUACGGGAAAGCGCGGAGCCGUUGUUUCUAGGUUGGUAUUUUUUUUUGUUUAAAUAUAAAGACCAUGGUUGGGAUCCGGUAUAAUCUCUUUUUUGUCGUAUUGUUCUGCACUCCCUAGCUCAACAGGUUGAGGGCCUGUCUACGGUCUACAGGGUCACAAGUUCGAUCCCCGCCGCGACAUAACCAAGGGGCUUGAGAAAUGUUGCUAGUGGAAGACCAAGGGCGAUUUAUAUUGAAUAUAAACGCCGUAGCGCAACAGGUUUUGGGCUUGUCUACGGUCCACGGGGUCACAAGUUCGAUUCCCGUCACCCAAAGGGGUUCAGCAAAUGUUGGUAGUGGGUAACCACGGCUUCUUGAUCUUGCAAUGACGGAUAUGUCACUAGAGCCUAUCUGAUUAUCACUGAUAUCAGGAUAGGACCUUGCCACAUCGCUUCUUUAAAGACCGCCAUUACCUCCUCCCAAGACACCCCCGUGAGGUUAGAAGUAAUUUUUUUAUUGCUGCCAAUACUUCUUCCCUGAGUUCAAAAAUCAUUUUUACUCGUUUUUUUUUCGAUAAAUUUUCGUAAGUCACUCCUUCCUCCUGAACAAAUUGAAUGUGCUCGGGGUGCCGACGCCGCUCAAGUGGUCCCUAGGCAUAAGGACAAGAAAAAGAAGACUAUUCUGCCCCACCUAUGUUUUCAACUAAAAUUUUGAGGUCCACGUUCCCGUCAGCCGGUCGGUACGCUGGUCACUGGCUUGGCGACAACACGGCCCGAUGGGAGGACCUCCGGACUUCGGUCAUUGGCGCCCAGGAGUUCAACCUCUUUGGAAUACCGUAAGUUUGAAUUUUUAUGAAGACAGAGGCGUUGAGAUCGGAAAAAAGCAAAGUUUUGUCAUUCGUCAAAUUAUUAUCUUUAAUAGGAGUAAGGUUUUUUUUAUUCUAUUUCAUUGAUUCUUAUAUGUCGUCACUCAAGUAUUUUUAACCACAAUUAGAUUAUCUAUUAAGAAAAUUUGAAAGUUUAGCGAACGUUCUAAUCUAAUAGCCCUCAAAGUUACGUAAAGUUCUUCAUUGACGUCAUCAUGAGACGUUUUGUUCUAUAACAACUUUACAAGUUUACUGAUCCCUCCAAUUCCUUUAGAAACCGGCAGCUUUUGUUCAAACCGCCCUUCUAUUCAAUGAAAAAAUUUAUCUACAAAAGAUCCCGGAGAUACGAGAACAAUAUAAAUUAAUUCAAAAAUUGGCCCUGAUUCCUUAUUUACAACCAAAUGAAAACUUGGAAAAUGAGUACGGUAGAAGGAAAGACUCAGAAAAAGAACAAAUCGGCGCAGUCGGUUAGGUCGGCGCUGUCAAGGCGGAUCGAGGGCGGACAGCGGUCGUACAUCCUGGAGAAGGGGUUGGAGAUGAUCCCAGCCAGGGCGUUCAGGCUCUGGAAUUAAAUAAUUUAGUCUCUUAGGAUGUCCUAUAACGCAUCGGUUGCAAAUAUUUGAUUUUAUAGUCGGGAUUUAGAAAUGCUUGAGGCGUUGUGGUUUGAAUCACCCAACUUUACAUUUUUAAGACUUCUUCAGUGAUUCUUGAUCCUAUUGCGCGCAAGUUGUUUUGGGUCGGGCGCAGUUAGGAGAAUUUUUUGUAGAUAAUGCAUCUCGUAGAAAAACAGGAACGAUUUUUAAAAAGUUCGAAGGUAAGCUCGAAAAUCAAAGAAGGAUUUUUAUGUAGGAGCCCUAUCGUAACACAUUUUUAAGAACCCUAAUCUCGAAAAUUCAUUCUUACAUGUCGUUGUUGAGCUCUGAUUCUGUAUUUUAAGGACGAGUCGAUAGUUUUCAGUAGUAGCGAGUCGAUUCUGGAAAAAAAACAAUCAAGUUAUCAUAUUGAUUCCGAAAUGAAUCAUUUUUCGGGAGGAAGAAUGUCAGAAAUGCCGACCCAAUAACCAUCAAAAACGAGACACACACGAAACGCGACCGUCACAAAAAUACGAAAAAGUGUUGGUGUUCCUCAUUUGUGUUAACUUAACCGAUUUCUCGCCCAAAAAAAAAACUUUUUUGGGAGGGUCUCUCUCUCCUCGACCACACCCAGAUAUAAUGCGCUUAGUGACGAAGGCAUCCUCCUAACUUCGUCUCCAAUUUCGGGAGCAGCACCAGACGCCUUCUCGAGAACGGAUUCUCGAGGAUUUGACUGUCUUUUUGGUCUUUUGUUAGGUUGGUCUAGGAUGAGUUAGUAGGGGCAAGUUAGGCUAUGAACUUGAGGAGAAGCUCAAAUCGUUCCAUAUGAUUUUUCUUACUAACGGCCUGUUAAAUGAUUAUUUUAUUCAACUGGUUUCGAACGUUUUUUGGUCUUCUGUUGUGUUCGUCAAGGAAACAGCAGCCAAAAAUUAGGCUACGAACUUGAGGAGAAGCAUUUUUGAGCUUAUUAGUUCUGUCUGAUUUUUUCUACUGACUACCUGUUUGAUGAAGGUUCUCAGAUGUUUUUUCCUUGAACUGGUUUUGAUAGGUCUAUUUAGUUAUUUGUUUAGUUGGUCUAGGGUGGAGUAAGGAAAAAUUAGGCUUCGAACUCAAAAAAAAACCAUUUUUGAGCCUGAUUGUUCUAGCUGACUUUUCCUACUGUCUGCUUCUUUGUAAAAGAUUUUUAGGUCAGUAAUUUUUUUUCUAAGAAAAGCUUUGGUUAAAGUUUUUGAUGAGUUUCCCUUCGGACUAUAUUUUAAGGAAUUUUUUUGAAUAAGAUAAGAUUUUUCUUGCAUAUCUCUACUAGCUCGCGAAAAAAAUUUUUUUCUUGAUCUUUGCUGCGAAUUUUUCCUUCUCAACAGGUUUUCACGAGUUUUUUUGUGUAGAAUUGAACUUUUUCUUCGAGGAACUUCUCAUUUUUUUAUAAUUUUUGAAAAAAAUUGUGAUUUUUCAAAGCCCUGCAAUUUUUUUAACUAAAAGUGCUCAUGUCGAAAUUAAAUUUAUCUACCUUUCCAUAGUUCUUUUAGGAUUCACCGUGUUUAAUCUCAUUCAUUCGCAUUUUUUUAUUAAAAUUGAAUCUUUUUUUUUUUGUUAAACUCAUUUUUCUGCUGCUUUUUUUCAACGGUCACGCCGUUUCUGGAUUUUUGACAUCUGAUUCUAAAAGUUCAAUUUACUCGGAAAACAUUCCUGGUUCAGUUACGUCGGCUCUGAUGUCUGUGGCUUCAACGGCGAUUCCAACGAGGAGCUCUGUCUUCGGUGGCAGCAAAUGGGCGCUUUCCAUUCCUUCUUCAGGUAUUUCUUUAAGAUUUUAUAAACAAUCUUGAGGAUCUUGAAAUGAGCUGAAGCCAUGAGAAGCUUAAAAAAUUGAAGUUUGAAAAAAACAAUUCCUAGAAAUCACAACACGAUCGGAGCUCCCCCACAAGACCCUGCCGUUUGGCCAUCCGUAGCAGCGGCGUCGAAAAAAGCCAAUUUGUUCCGUUAUCAGUACCUCCCGUACUUGUUCAGGUUGAGGCUGUAGAUGAACAUAAUUCUGUAAAGCCCUCAACUUUAGCUUGCACUUUAUCGCGUCGAUGAAUGGUGGAACCGUGGUCCGACCGGUGUUCUUCGAGUUUCCCAUGGAUACGGAGACACUCAACCUUUCCGAGCAGUUCAUGUGGGGCAAGUCGAUGCUCAUCGCUCCUGUUCUGAAACAGGUGGAUACUUGAUUAAUGAAACUGAAAUCCCUGAAAGAUGUUUAGUUAAUUUGAUCUAGAAAGAGAGGUUUAAAAAUUUUUUAUCAAAGCGUAAAAAUAAUUUUCAACUCUAGAAGGUUUUUUAAAAAAGAGGAUUCUUCAAUCGCAGGGAGCAGUACUGACUUUAAUUUAGAAGGCAAGGAAGGUUUUCAGCUUUUGAAGAUUGUUUUUCCAUGUAUGUUAAGAUCAUAAAAUGAAAAGUAGAAAAUGGAUGUUUUUUUCCUAGAAUAAGGUGUUCUUAAAGGGAGCCACCUCGGUGAAUGUGUACCUGCCUGAAGAUCGGUGGUACUCCCUCUCCGACAUGACUUAUGGAAUUAUCGUUUCCGAGGGCUACCGUACUAUGUCCGCGCCCACAACUUCGUUGAUUCCAGUUUUCGUCAGAGGUUUGUACAGUCCGACUUGAAAGGUCCUGACUUCUCUGCGCCCUCCUCUUCUCUCGGCGAUCCUCUCAUAAUUACGUGCUAUUUUCAUUUUUCUCUGACCUCGCCGGUGAGGGAGCAGAGAGACGAAGACACUCAGAAACUGUCAAGUCGUGACGGGAGGACUUUACUUAUUCAUUUCAAAAAAUAUUGUGAUUACUUUUUUCUGGGAAGUUUGAUUUUUCGAACAGUUUUUCUAGUUACCUUUGAAGUAGGGUAAAGAAAAAUAGCAUGGCCAGAAAUUCGUAUUUCAGUAUUGUUCUCCGUUCUUAAGCUGAAAAAUAAAUUUUUUCAAUCGAGGUAUAAUUUUUUCUUUGUUUUGAACUUUUCCCAUCUUCUAUAAUAAUACCUACACAUACAUAGAAAACGGUGUGAUACUUUUUUUCGUAGAAAAUCUCUUUUUUUAAAAGGUUUUUUUGAAAAGAAUAGUGGUGAAAAUAAAGGACUGGUGAAUUAAGCUUUUUUGAUGAAAAAAGAUGUGAAAUGAGUUGAAAAUUUUUUUUCUGAACACACUUCAUUUGAAGUAAUUUUUCCCAAGCAGAAAAAGUUUGAAGAACUCUAUGAUGAUUUUUGAGCAUCAUUUAUUAAGAAAUUUUCGCGCUGAAACUCAAAAAAAUUAGUCUAAUUUUUACUUCACUCGGAAUUUCCCAAAUAUAUAUUUUCUCAGGAGGAAGCAUCAUUCCCCGACAAACGCCAGCCAUCACGACGGACGCCACUCGUCAAAAUCCAUUCGAGGCACUUGUCGCGCCAGGCAACCGCAAUAUUCCCGCUUUUUUUUCUCAUCAGCCGGAUUCAGACGCCAAUGGAAACGCGGAAGGCGUCCUCUACUGGGACGACGGCGAGACGAUCGUCAAGGACUUCGGAAGCCAUCCGUAUCAUCAGUGGCAGUACACCUACAACUUCACGAGUGGAGGCACUACGAGAUUGUCGAUUAAACACUCGAAAUCGGUUGGUAGUGGAGGAUGGACUGGGGAAACAGAGUUCAGAGCCGAAAUUAAGAUUCGAGAUUGAAAAAAUCUUCUGAGAAACAACUUUAGUUCCCUUGAAGCCACUGAGUUCAAAGAAAACGUAAAAUUAACCAUUUCAAGUUUGAAAUUUGGGAAAAGUUAUAGCGCAUUCCGGGAAAUUAGUGAUAUUCCAGAUAUGAAAAUUGGAAGUUUGAUCGUUUUAGAAUCUCACUUUAAGUGAGCCAGAGUGGUCCCUAAAGGGGCAAUCUUUGAGAGCAGAAGAACCAAAACCUUCCAAAAAAGGUCCAUAUUGGGGUUUUAGCGGCCCUUGUAGGGGAAACGUUAUUUGAUUUUUGUGUAUGAAAACAGCGUGAUUAGUCGAACAAGUUUUUUUUUAAUAGUCUUUUUUUUAAUUUUCAGGACUUUACAAAGAAUCAAAAGGGGGACCGCUUAACAUUUGGGGCUUAGUGUUCAGAUUCUAAACCCCUAUAAGGGUCACUUAAAUUCUGUAGUACUAUUUUGUCACUUAUGGAGGUUAUACUUCCCCUAACCACUCUAAGAACCUCUCUGGAGUUCCUAAAAACUCCGUUGCUAAUUUUAAUCUAAACAAAAAUAUCUUCGAAUUGAAAAACUCAAAAAUGCUCUUAAAGACCACCGUCCCUGUCCCGACGCUCGACAUCCUCGAAAUUUUCGACUUCCGCGGAACUCCCGACUACAGAUCCUUCAAGCUCAACGGCCAAACUGUCAAUAUCAACGUCCAGACGUCUUCCUACAGUCCUAUAACCAAGGUUGAUCUCGUCAUGAAUAAAAAAGACGUUUUUGGUCAAAACUGUUUUCUAUGAAAAAGUAAAAAAGACUAGGAUAUGCUCCAUCGAUAGUCCUAACAAGCUUGCACUGAAAUUACUCCUAAAAACUUCCUUAUCACCACUAUUCUAUCAGGCUCCUUUAAAUUUAUAUUUUUUUCAGAGAUUGUACAUCUCGACCAAGGGCCUUAUCGAUUUGUCCAAAGGUGACGUCGUCCUCGAAUGGAACAGUUCCAGCUCCUCAACCCUCGAAUUUUCCCCGAAAAUGGUUGCGCUUGAGAGCAACCGAUACGAGCUCAAACUUUGA